UACAGUGCAUCACUACAAUAAUAGUACAAGUAAGGUAUCUGUAUCUCAAGAGAAGCGUCAGCCUCAAAAAUAUGCACAACCUCACAUGAAAGCAUCCAUUCUACAGGCUGUGUGUUUGAGAACCAGUGGUUUAAAUAAAGCCAAAUGGGACUUCUGUUGCCUACUUCCUUUUUUCAGUUUGUAAAAGUCCAGGCUGAUCCACUUCCAGAGUGUUUGACAGUGUGAACCUGCAGCGUGCCUCACACUGAAGAAGUUAGAACAAGUGAAGCUUCAGAUGAUCUUUGCAGUGUGGCUCAUGAGUGACCUGCAUAAACAACAUGAUAGGCAUCAAACACAGCCGCCUCUUCAAAUAACCUGAUAAAGAGCCAUUGCAGCGACACGAGCGAGCAUAAUGAUGAUGAUCGGCGUGAUAACAGCUUCACUUCUCUGCAGCCUCAGCUGGAUCUCUGUCUCAGCUUCUGAGUCUCAGACUGUGGAAGUUCAGCCUGGUCAAGAAGUCACACUGCUGUGCUCCAACUUUUCCAGUGUUCCCACUUAUAUAUUCUGGUUCAAACUGGUGAACAGAACACAGCCACGCUGUAUUUCCCACAUGUUCUAUCCUCAUGUGCGUGCUAUAUUCUGCCCUGGAUUUCAAAAUGAAAAAUUUGAAAUGCGAUCAAACAUCUCUACUGUCUUUCUGAAAAUCAAACAAGUGGAUUUAUCUGACUCUGGACUGUAUUUCUGUGGAUAUUACAUCAGCGGCGACCCUGUUAUUGUUGAUGCAACAUAUUUAGAGGUUCAAGAGGAGCCUGGUGAAAUACGAAGCCUGGCAAGUGUGAUCCUGAGCGGUGUGACUCUUUUCCUCAUUACAGUCAUUAUUGGUCUGGUUGUAAAAAUCUUGAAGCUUCAGACAGUUCGUGCAGAACAGGAUCCACAGAGGAAUGAGCUAUGUGAGCAGAGUGUGCACUCCGAUGACCUGAAUUACGCAGCACUGAAUUUCCGACCAAGGGCGAAUGGCGUCAGGGGCUCUGCAGCACAGUGAGAAGCGGAGCCAUAUUUAUGGUUCUGCUGCCACCUCACAGACUCAGGAAGCAACUGGAACUGCAGCUCAAAGUGGAACAGAAGCUCAGUCAAGUUUACCUGCUGCUGUGGUUUGUGUGGCUGGCUGGGAGGAGUUACAACUGCUUUGCUUCAGACUGUUCGUCAGCCUAAAAAUAAAGUCUCAACCACAAGAAGACUGCAAGCUAUUUUUUGUCUUUGUCAUAAAAUCAGAGCCUUUUGGCUUUAUCUCACUCUUGGUAGACUGUGACAGAACUGAUUUAACACUUAUUUGUAUCCUAAACAGGUUUUAACUCAUCUAGACAGCAGUGAUGUGUAAUUCUACAAAGACAAACAUGAUCUUUAGUCCUCUUGUGAGACCACGUGUCCCCUCUGUUGAGAACUAGGGGGGCCUUUAAUCUAUUGGUGUGGUUUUGUGUCUGGAGUUAUCAUCACUUUGUAAAAAAUCAUUCAAAUAAAGAGUAUAUUAUGCUUGAAAA